AAAUAUCUAAAUCGAACGGUUUUUGUGUGGCUCCGCUCAAAAUCUCUCUCUAGAUUAUCUCCUCACCAUCCCGGCUCCAAAUCCAUUCCUUAUUGGUCCAAAAUCCAGCUCUGAAACUUCACGUUAGGCUCCCUGAUUCCACUUUAAAUCUCCUUUCUCCUAUUCUCUUUUGCUUUUGCUGCUGCCAAUUUCUUCACCGUUUUCGCUCUUUGAAUGACUGCUGUUCAAUGCUCAGUUCGAUUCAAUGAGAUUACUAUGGUUUCUUCUCCUUCAAUGUCAGUGUCUGUUGAAUGCGUGAGUAUUUGUAAGCUACCGAAAGGGGAAGGGAAUGGAAGGUAUGACUGUAGUGUUCUAUCGUGUGCGUGGAAAGCUCCGAGAGUCUUAACUGGAUUCCUCGCCAGCACCGCACAUCCUCCGCAGUGUUCAUCGUUUGUGUACCGACGAUGUGGAAGGAGAAAUCGGAUCAAAUCUAGAUGUGAAAGCUCUGAUGUAGGAGGUUGCUGUUCAACUGAUGCUUCAAACUUUGCACUGCUUGGGAACCUCUUCAGAUCAACCUUCUUUCAUGUUCCUUCCAAAAAAUGGCAACUAUGUUGUUCUUCUCCACUCUCUUUGGGUGCCUCCAAUGAGGUCUCACCUGAGAGUUUGUGGGAGGAUCUUAUGCCUACCAUAUCAUAUCUCUCACGUAAGGAACUGGAAUUGGUCUAUAAUGCUCUUAAGCUAGCUUUUGAGGCACAUGAUGGUCAAAAUAGAAGGAGUGGGGAGCCCUUCAUCACUCAUCCUGUUGAAGUUGCACGUAUACUUGGAGAACUUGAAUUGGAUUGGGAGUCUAUUGCGGCUGGAUUGCUGCAUGAUACAGUUGAAGAUACCAAUGUUGUUACCUUUGAAAGAAUUGAGGAGGAGUUUGGUGCUACUGUGCGCCGCAUUGUAGAAGGGGAAACUAAGGUAUCCAAGUUGGGAAAAUUGAAGUGUAAGAAUCAAAAUGAUUCUGUACAAGAUGUGAAAGCUGAAGACUUAAGGCAAAUGUUUCUAGCAAUGACAGAGGAGGUCCGUGUUAUCAUUGUCAAAUUAGCUGACCGAUUGCAUAACAUGCGAACCCUUUCACACAUGCCUCCACAUAAACAGUCCAGCAUUGCAGCAGAGACAUUGCAGGUCUUUGCUCCUCUGGCAAAAUUGUUAGGAAUGUAUCAAAUCAAGUCUGAACUUGAAAAUCUAUCCUUCAUGUACACAAAUGCGGAAGAUUAUGCCAAGGUGGAGAGAAGAGUUGCAGAACUCUAUAAAGAACAUGAGAAAGAACUAAUGGAGGCAAAUAAAAUCUUAAUGAAGAAGAUUGAGGAUGAUGAAUUCUUGGAUCUUAUGACUGUGAAAACCGAAGUUCAUGCUGUAUGUAAGGAACCCUACAGUGUUUAUAAAGCUGUGCUGAAAUCAAAAGCAUCAAUCAAUGAGAUUAACCAAGUUGCACAGCUUCGGAUUAUAAUAAAACCAAAGCCUUCUGUCAGUGUUGGACCUUUGUGCAGCCCACAGCAGAUUUGUUAUCAUGUUCUUGGGUUGGUCCAUGGCAUUUGGACACCUGUCCCUCGGGCUAUGAAAGACUACAUAGCAACACCCAAACCUAAUGGUUAUCAAAGUCUCCAUACUACUGUAAUUCCAUUUUUGUAUGAGAGCAUGUUUCGCUUGGAAGUUCAGAUUAGAACUGAAGCGAUGAAUCUGAUAGCUGAAAGAGGCAUUGCUGCUCAUUAUAGUGGCAGAGUGUUUGUCACUGGUCUAGUAGGGCAUGCAAUGCCAAAUGGUAGAAGUUUAAGAGGGAAGCAAGUUUGUCUUAAUAAUGCAAAUAUUGCACUCAGGGUGGGUUGGCUCAAUGCAAUAAGAGAAUGGCAAGAGGAGUUUGUAGGCAACAUGAGCUCUAGGGAAUUUGUAGAUACAAUCACUAGAGAUCUCUUAGGUAGUCGUGUCUUUGUCUUUACCCCAAGAGGAGAGAUUAAAAAUUUGCCUAAGGGGGCAACCAUUAUUGACUAUGCUUACAUGAUACACACUGAAAUUGGCAACAAUAUGGUGGGUGCAAAGGUCAACGGUAAUCCUGUUUCUCCCACACAUGUCCUUUCCAAUGCUGAAGUUGUGGAAAUAAUCACAUAUAAUGCACUCUCAAGCAAGUCAGCUUUUCACAGGCAUAAACUGUGGUUGCCACAUGCAAAAACACGUAGUGCCAGACACAAAAUUAUGAGGUUCUUGAGAGAGCAAGCUGCACUAUCUGCUGCUGAAUUAACAACAGAAACAUUGAACAAAUUCAUUGCUGAUUCUGAGGAAGAGAGUGAGGUGGAAGAGGUCUCAGAUAUUUCAAGAAGCGGCAAACCUCUGUGGGAGCAAAUCUGGAUGAAUGUUGUGGAAUUAUCAUCCACAGAAAGAAGCUGUGAAGGUGCCUUACCCAUUAAAAAUGGAAGUAUUUGGGUUCCAAAGAUCAAUGGCAAACAUAAUAAACACGUCCAGCAUGUGAGCUCAAAGGCCAGUGAGAAGAUAUUAUCACUGGGCAAUGGUGCUGCAAAAAUGAUACCUGCUAACAUUCCAAUAUUCAAGGAGGUGGUGCCUGGUUUAGAGAGUUGGCAAGCUAGCAAAAUUGCUUCUUGGCACAAUCUUGAAGGACACUCUAUCCAGUGGUUUUGUGUGGUUUGCAUAGAUCGAAAAGGGAUAAUGGGGGAGAUCACAACAACGCUGGCAGCUGCAGACAUCAGCAUAUGCUCUUGUGUGGCGGAGCUUGACAGGAGAGGAAUGGCUGUCAUGUUGUUUCAUGUUGAAGCAAACCUUGAAAAAUUGGUCAGUGCUUGUUCAAGAGUGGACCUAAUCCUCGGUGUUCUGGAAUGGUCUGCUGGUUGCAGCUGGCCAAAUUCUAUGGAAAAUCACCAAUUUCUUGAGUGUUAACCAAAAGGAGCCAGCAAAUCAACAUUUUAUCCCUGCAGUUGCAAGCUUGGGUAUCAAAGUUUUGUCCUCGAGAGAACUGAGAUUCUGCUGUUUCCCAAGAGAUUUUUGUAGUUAGUUCCAUACUUCCCGUUAAUUUGUUGGACGCUCAUCACAAAAUAAACCAGCAGGAGCCAAUUGAGCUACGUCUGCAUCAGGUCACUGUAUAUAGAAGAAAAGAGAUAUAGUUGAGCAUAUAAUUGUAAAGAUAUUUUUGACAGGAUGGAAAGCCUCCACACAGAAUGUUGUAAGGAACUCUUGAUUCUCUUCAUAGCAGAUUACUGAUUCCAUAUUCUAUUGUUAUU